AUGCCGGACACAUUCACGCUCCUAAAGAACCGGACAGAGCCGCGACUGGGGCAGCUGGAGCGCACGCUGGCCACGGAGGGGAACGCCCGCCCCGCCUGGGUCAUAGCAGUCCUGGCCAGCGUGCUGAUCUUCACCACGGUGGUGGACGUGCUGGGGAAUCUGCUGGUGAUCAUCUCGGUGUUCAGGAACCGCAAGCUGAGGAACUCGGGGAAUGUGUUUGUGGUGAGUUUGGCGUUUGCUGACCUUGUGGUAGCAUUCUACCCGUACCCUCUGGUCCUCUAUGCUCUCUUCCAUGAUGGAUGGUCACUGGGAGACACUCAAUGCAUGGUCAGUGGCUUCCUUAUGGGGCUGAGUGUCAUUGGCUCCAUCUUCAACAUCACUGGGAUUGCAGUGAACAGGUACUGCUACAUCUGUCACUCAUUCUCCUACAGUCGGCUAUACAGCUAUCGCAACACUCUGCUGUUUGUUGCCUUAAUCUGGCUGCUCACCAUAGUGGCCAUUGUCCCAAAUUUCUUCGUUGGUUCCCUGCGCUAUGACCCACGAGUCUACUCAUGCACCUUCGCCCAGAACGUCAGCAGUUCCUACACAGUGGCAGUGGUGGUGGUUCAUUUCCUGGUUCCCAUCGCAGUGGUGACCUUUUGUUAUCUACGCAUCUGGGUGCUAGUGAUUCAGGUGCGACGCAAAGUGAAGACUGAUGAGAGUCCUCGCCUCAGACCCAGUGACUUACGGAAUUUCAUUACCAUGUUUGUGGUCUUUGUGCUGUUCGCCAUCUGCUGGGCUCCACUUAACCUGAUUGGCUUAGCAGUGGCCAUAGACCCGCACCACGUGGUUCCCCGAAUUCCUGAGUGGCUUUUUGUGGUCAGCUACUUCAUGGCCUAUUUCAACAGCUGUCUGAAUGCCAUCAUCUAUGGCUUACUCAAUAGGAAUUUCAGGAACGAGUACAAACGCAUCAUCACAUCCGUUUGGGUGACUCGGCUUUUUGUGACAGAGACAUCACGAGCCGCCACGGAUGGCAGGAGCAUGAGGAGCAAAGCAUCACCAGCGCCUGCACUCAACAACAACGAGUCAGUCAGAGAUCGCAUUGACAAGGAAUGA